GCGGCGAGAGCGGUUGUAUGCGGUAAUAGCACCCCCCUGUAUGAAAGGAAGAAGUUGUCGCUAGCGCACCCGGGUACGCCGCUUUCUCCUCCGCCUCUCGCAUGUGUCUUAAGAGCAGCAGGGGAAUCUUUGCCUGCGGGAGCCAUGUCUGAAAACGGCUCCUUGUUCACUUCCAUCCCCAACGGUGAGGACACCUCCCGACACCCUGGCAACAAGGUGACCGUAGUCCUUGGGGCACAAUGGGGUGACGAGGGAAAAGGAAAAGUGGUGGAUCUGCUAGCGCAAGACGCGGACAUCGUCUGCAGGUGCCAGGGAGGCAACAAUGCUGGACAUACUGUUGUAGUGGAUUCAGUGGAAUAUGACUUUCAUCUCUUGCCAAGUGGCAUCAUCAAUCCAAAAGUCACUGCAUUUAUUGGAAAUGGUGUGGUGAUCCAUUUACCAGGGUUGUUUGAAGAAGCUGAGAAAAAUGUUAAAAAAGGAAAAGGAUUAGAAGGCUGGGAAAAAAGACUAAUUAUAUCUGACAGGGCUCAUAUUGUAUUUGACUUCCAUCAAGCUGCUGAUGGCAUCCAAGAACAGCAAAGAAAAGAACAAGCAGGAAAGAACUUGGGAACUACAAAAAAGGGAAUUGGUCCAGUGUAUUCCUCUAAAGCAGCUCGAAGUGGGCUCAGAAUGUGUGAUCUAGUUUCUGACUUCAAAGAAUUUUCAGAAAGAUUCAAAGUCUUGGCCAAUCAAUACAAGUCUAUUUACCCUACUUUAGAGAUAGACAUUGAAGGAGAAUUGAAAAGACUCAAGGGUUACAUUGAAAGGAUCAAACCAAUGGUGAGGGAUGGUGUAUAUUUUAUAUAUGAAGCUUUGCAUGGCCCACCAAAGAAAAUCUUAGUAGAGGGUGCCAAUGCAGCACUGCUGGACAUUGAUUUUGGUACUUACCCUUUUGUGACCUCAUCAAACUGUACUGUGGGAGGUGUUUGUACUGGCUUGGGCAUGCCUCCCCAAAAUGUUGGAGAAGUAUAUGGUGUUGUGAAAGCCUAUACAACUAGAGUUGGAAUUGGUGCCUUUCCUACAGAACAGGACAAUGAAACAGGAGAAUUGCUGCAGACACGAGGAAAGGAGGUUGGUGUGACCACAGGUCGAAAAAGAAGAUGUGGUUGGCUGGAUCUUGUGUUGCUUAGAUAUGCCCACAUGAUCAAUGGAUUUACUGCACUGGCUGUUACCAAAUUGGACAUUUUGGAUGUAUUUCCAGAAAUUAAAGUUGGAAUUUCUUACAAAAUAAACGAUAAAAUCAUACCUCAUUUUCCAGCAAACCAGGAAGUCUUAAAUAAAGUAGAGGUACAAUAUGAGACACUCCCAGGAUGGAACACAGACAUAUCACAUGCAAGGACGUUUGAUGAUCUUCCAGUAAAUGCACAAAACUAUGUUCGAUUUAUAGAAAUGGAGUUAGGUGUUCCAGUUAAAUGGAUUGGAGUAGGAAAAUCCAGGGAGUCAAUGAUCCAGCUGUUCUAAAGAUAUUGGAUUCUUGGAAGAAAGCACACUCCUCAAAGAGACUGCCUAUUCCAUGUAUCUCCUGUUUAAAGCCCACAGUGACUUUUGGAAAGAUGGGCCUUGUAGAUCGGUCUAGACAACAAUGGCUACUCUUAUAAAGAUAUUGGCAUUUAUCAGUAUCAUUUCUUAUCACUUCAUAAAUUCCAGGACAUUUGUCACAAUUGCCACAAUUUGUCUUGCUGCUUCCAGAUUUUUUUCAGCUGUUUGUUCCAACUCUUUCUUUGAAAAUCUAAGUGCAUUACUUUCAUGACCAUGUGUCUUUAUUGUCUCUGGUUUUGGUGGUGUUUCUUCCUGAAUUUUAAAUGCUUAAAAUAACUAAUGCAGUUUUGCACAGUUUUACAUCGUCAUUUGUAUUCCUAAAGCUGUUGUUAGUUGUAUGGCUGCUGUUGUGAUGUGUGAUUUAAAGAGGGAGGAUUUUAUAAUGAUGAAGAAAACUAAAAUUUUACUACAGUUUUUAUUAAAAUUAUUAUGAUAAUGACCUGGGAAUGUGGAAGAGGUGCUUAAUAUGUAUAUAGUGCAGCCCCUUAAUUUAUCAAUGAAGAUGCUUGAAACAUG